UUUUGUACGUGACUGAAGUAAACCGCAGAGUUAAGACAGCCAUGGAUUGUGAAACUUUCCAAUAUGUGAAUUCUAUAGUCGGAUUCCUGUAUAUUUCUGGUGGGUUUUGCGGAAUGUAUAUUUCAAGCAUUAUAAACUGGAUAUAUUCAUUUAUUGAUCCAGAAGACACAUCCAUAGAACCUGUCAAUUCCGAUGGAACCAUUUUAUUUGAACAACCCAGAAGAGGAGAACUCUUCGAUCCUUCGAAAGUAUUCUAUCAAGUGGUAUUUUCUUCUUUCGGCAUACGUUUGAUCCUUUUCAUCAUGUCUUGGACAACAUAUAAUCAUUGCAAUAAAACUGAAAGAAUAAACGAAGUUAUCUUUUUCCUUCUCAUGACUAUUUUUAUUGGAGGUUAUGCUUAUUUUAAUUACUUUGUAAAACAACUGAACAGCGUUUGCUAUCAUAUCGAAUCAGAUUCGUGGAAGAAAACAACACCGAAUUGUAAAUCAGUCAUUACAACGCUUAUGAUGGAAAACCCGUAUCUCGUCUUUACCAGCACCGACUACGAAUUUCUAGAUGUUAAUACUUUAUACGAUAAGAAAGUUACGGAGGAGCGUUUUAUAUACCGACGAUGUGAAGACGUCACCGACCCAAGCCAAUUAGAGCGGCUUGAGGAGCAACUAAACACCGACAACCCAGUUCUCCUGACUAUAAGGUUUUCAAUUUUUUGUGGCGACACAGAAACAAAAUUGAAAUAUCUUAGUAAAUUAGAGAGCUUUGUUGGUCCACCUAGGCAGAUGCAUCCAUUGUGUCCUCGAGUCAUAAGAGUCAAGAUCGACCCUUAUGAUCACGACACAGAAAUGCUCCUUUGGUGGGACACCGAGAGGGAUGUCCCGUGGUGGAUGAGCGAGAAAUGGUUUUGGGUGUUUACAGCCCUGUUUUUAGGAGCUCCUUAUAAAUUCUUCUUCGACGUGAAAACCCAGAGAGUUACAAUAGAUAUCAAAAAAGUCAUUUAUUGUUAAGAGUAUGUCUACGAGAAAACCAUGCAAAUAUGGAAAAAAGCUGUGGCAGCAAGUCUCAAGAAUGAAUAGAACGAUGAAGUCCUAAAGGUGUAAAUGUUGGCAGGAUGCCAAGAAAUGAUAAUUAUACAUUUUUGUCGUUUUUCCAGAAAGAAUUUCUCAGAAAGUGGCGCAUUAUUUUUUAAAAUUUUGAGUUAAUGAGAAACUAUCUGAUGUAUUGUUACAAUAUAUAAAAUCCAUCUUUGGACUCACAAGGACUAAAAAGUAAUAAAUUAACAAAAAUAUCCCAUGUGACAAUGUAAAGCUAACGCUAAACUACAGAUUCUGGAGAGUUUUAAAAGUAGAAAAAUGUCCAACUUUAAGACAAUAUAUUUGCAAUAUUAUUGAGAGUCCAAAGACAUAUUUUUGAUAUAUUGUAAAGAUAAAUGUCGUCCUUUUAUAACUAGAAACAGAGUUAGUGAAUUUAAAGAGCCUUUUUCUGACUUUUAAGCAUUUAAAUAAUGUAUAUUUUUACAAUUUUACAAAAAGUUGGAAACAUGCCAGAUUCGUGACCUAUCUACACUUAACAGAAAAAAAUAUUUGGAAAUUCUCACAAAAUGAUUUACACAAGUGUAUCUUGUUAGUGUUAACUCUAAAUGCCUUUUUGAAUUUAUAUUUAAACUAAACUCAGAAUUCUUAACAAUAAUUUUGUGAAUUAUGCAAAAUUUUAUUCUUAAAAGGGUCAAAAUGCUAUUUUUAGUAACAUUGCUGCAGAACCAAGUGUAGACUGACCACAUCAAAAAAAAUUUGUGGCAAAUUAUUUCAUAUAGAUGCACACUGUUACACACAAAAUAUGAAGUUGAUCAGAGAACCUUGCUCCCACCACCUUUUGCAUGGUUUUCUUGUAGACAUACUCUUAAUAAAUGCAGAUAACUGAAUUUUGCAUUUUUUUUCGUAUUUUUGUAUUAAAUGGUGGAUUACUGGAACACAAUUUUUUUUGGCAAUAAAAUGUAUAACCAUAUCCUCUUUCAAUUUUCACUCUUACCUUUGUUUUCAUUGAUGUAAGAUCUGAAUGAUGUUUGCUGAUUUUAUAUAUAAUGUCAAA